AUGACUGGCUCCUGCUGUGGCUCCUUCUCCUCCCAGAGCUGUGGAGGCUGCUGCCAGCCCUGCUGCUUCCGCGACCCCUGCUGCUGCCGCCCAGUGUCCUGCCAGACCACCGUGUGCCGCCCCGUGACCUGUGUGCCCCGCUACACGCGCACCAUCUGUGAGCCCACCGGCCGCCCCAUCUGCUGCGACCCCUGUGGCCUGCAGGAAGGCUGCUGCCGCCCCAUCACCUGCUGCCCAACGUCCUGCACGGCCGUGGUCUGCAGACCCUGCUGCUGGACCUCCACCAGCUGCCAGCCCAUCAGUGUGCAGGCGCCCUGCUGCCGCCCCCACUGCUGCCAGCCUGCUCCCUGCCGCACCAUCUGCAGGACCUCCCACUGCAACCCCUGCUGCUAAGAAGUGAGCUGACUCCCAAGCAAGCCAUCAACCUUCUGAUACUUGAAUUUCCAUUUCUGUACCUAACACACUCCUGACCUGAGCCACCAAGACCCUAAACCAACCUGCCUGCGAAAGGAGACCUGAACUCAUCUCUUAAGACCCUUGGGAUGGUCUCAAGUCUCUGAAUAGAAGUAAUGUCCUUAUUUCCAUCUUGGAUCUAAGGUCUUGGGGGAUGUUUAUUUUCUAAUAAACUUGACUUCUUUGACUUC